AUGGCCUGGAAUUUGACUCCCAGGCCCAUGCCCGCCGUGGCCUGCAGUGUAUCUGUCGGAGCCAGUUCCCUGAAGAUGGGAAAGCAGGUGCAGAUUGUAUCCGUCGGGCCAGACCACACUCUCCAACUGAAUAAAAAGGAACUGGAAAGAAUUCUACUGGCUCCCAACGUUAAGGACAAGCCUGUUGCCCUGGUGUCUAUAAUGGGCGCCUUCCGCCAGGGCAAGUCUUUCCUAAUGAACUUCCUGAUGCGGUACCUUCGCAGCCAUGACAAAACGAAUUGGAUGGGUGACGAGGACACUCCGCUCGAGGGGUUCAGCUGGAGCACAGGCACCGAGCGGAACACCAUAGGCAUACAUGUUUGGGAUGAAGUGUUCCUGGUCCGUACGCCCACAGGCGGCGAGUUGGCCGUAUUGCUGAUGGACACACAAGGGGCUUUCGACAGUGACACUUCGGCAGAUGAGACGGCCAACCUUUUUGCCCUGAGCAUUCUGACAAGCUCAGUGCAAAUUUACAAUAUUUCAAAAAACAUUCAAGAAGACCACCUCCAGCACCUUCAGCUCGUCGCGGAGUAUUGCAUGGAAACUCAAGAGAGCCCAACGGGGAGUCAGUUUCAGAAGCUUGUGUUCCUGAUUCGAGACUGGCAGUACCCGGAUGAUAACGCCUAUGGUGCCGUGGGCGGCCGCAGUCACCUAGAACAGUUCAUAUCUACGAGUACACAACAGCACCAAGACAACAAAGACCUGCGGAAGUCCCUGGAUUCUUGCUUCUCAUCACUUGACUGCUUCCUCAUGCCGCACCCGGGAAAGGAGACCACGAGGAAGGUAUUUGAUGGCAGAUUAAGCAAACUCGACGAUGAUUUCAAGCAGGAGCUGCGAGUGCUCGUACCAUGGCUCAUUGGAGCAGAACAUCUCGAUGCUAAGAGAAUUGCUGGCAAGAGAAUCACCUGCAAACAGCUGCUGGACUACUUCACGGUGUACACCAACGUUUUCAAGGAUGGGAAGCGGCCUCAUGUGGCAACAGUACUGCAGGCGACAGCGGAAGAAAGCAACCGGAAUGCCAAGGAGGAAGCAAAGACAUUCUAUGUAGAGCAAAUCCAAAAUGUCAUAUACGACAGCAUUCAAGAGCUGGAGGAAAUCCACGAGAGCCUGCUGCAAAUAUCAAGGGAUAUAUUUAGAGCAGCUCGAAAGACAGGCGGUGAAGACGUCAAAAAGCGAUACUUGGACAUGCUCGAAAAGGAAAUCACGGUGAUAUUCAAUUGCCUUCGUCACGAGCAGAAAGCGUCCGAGUUAGAAAAAAUGGUCACUGAAAUGACUGCGACUGCCGGCGAGCUUUCCCAAAAGCGCAAGGAGGUGCACGAGAAGGAGAUGGAGCUUGAGAGAGAGAAGCAGCAGUUAGCAUCGGCUUCCAGUGAAGAUUCUCAAAAGCAGAAAGUGCUGGACGAGAAAGAGGAGGAGCUCAGGAAGCUAACGGAAGAGUUGGAAUCGGGACUCGAUGACCUUCAUCGCAAGCGCGAAGCUUUGCGCGAGGAAGAAGAGAAGCUUAGGAAAGAAAGAGAACAUUUGAGGUCGGAAGCCAAGAAAGUCUUUCCGGACAAAGACCAGAUAUGGGGUGUUCUCACAAAAGCGCUUGAUCAUUUUUUGCCUGUACUGGCUAGAGCCGCUGAACUAUAUAUUAAACAAAGAAUGGCUCAAUAAAGGUACG